AUACCACAGUAUCUCAUGUCAUCCAAGCAAAAACACCCUCACUCAAGUGAUUACAGUGACAAUGAUGACUCAUCUAAACGAAAAUACUAUCACUCAAGCAAAAAACAUCAUAAAGAGCAUCCUGAAAGGCACUCACAUUCAUAUAGUACUAGAUCAAAACAUCGCUCAUACCUGCAUGAUUCCUCAACAAAUCCAGUAAGGCAGACAGGGCUGGGGGCAGCAACUGGAGAGAUAUCAGAGAUAACAACAAAGUCCAAUACAGAUGUUGAUAGCAUUCGAGAGAGAUACUUGCCUCAAGAAACUGAACUCUUGUGCCAUCAAUUUUCUGCCUAUGGUAUUGGGGGCAUUAUCAUGCUCAACUGCCUCAUUGAAGGUGACCAAAAUCCUUUCCCUGUUGAUAUCACACAAACACAAAAUGUUGGUCAUCUCAAAGACUUAAUAUUUGAAAAGAACCGCAAGUUCUUUGGUGACAUGGAUGCUCGUCAGCUUGAGCUCUGGAAGGUCAAUGCCCCCACCAAUAAUCUAAACCAGAUCAACAUGUCCAAUGCUAUAAAAAAGCUCAGUGAUGCAACAUGUCCUCUUUCUGAGGACUUUGUAGCAGCACAACUUAACCCAAGAAAUAUUCAUGUCUUUAUCAAACAACCCUUGGCACUCCAUGAUGAGAGACCCAGCACACUCAACAUUAAAGAUGCAGUCAGCCAAGCUGGCUACUUGGAGAAAGCCUCUGCAAAUGGCAUGGUUGACAUAGGUAGACUCACUAUGAAGGAAAGGGCUGAUGUGUUGGGCUUUAUGGGUGAAGAACCAGGUGCCCGUGACAGGUUCAGGUCACUAUUCAAAACUGCUUGUGACCUCAGAGGAAAGCUUGACUCAAAUGGCAAAAUUCCAAAUGCUGACAAUAUUUCUGUACCUGAAGGUUGCCGAACACUUCCUGCAGUUCAUAAAUUGAAGCUAUAUGUGAGACAAAUUUACAAGGAACUUUUUGACCAACUUGAACAAGAAUUCACAGAUACCCCAACAGAAGUAACUCAGAAUCGCAUGGUCCUGACUGGUACAUCUGGAAUCGGUAAAUCAGUUUUUCUGAUAUACUUUACCAUCCGACUUCUAGCUGAAUGUGAUAACAAUAAUCCUCCUGUUGUUAUUUUCCAUCCCAAGAUUGGUACUUCUCAUACUGAAUGCUAUGUCUUUGGGGGAACAUUGACAUUCUGCACUGGCAGCAUUGCAGAUUUUUCUGAAUUUUUUACCCUUCCUGAGACAUGGUACUUGGCAGAUGGUGUUUCAAAUCCCCAGCUCUUUGAGACAAAGACCAUAAUAGUUAUAUCUCCAAAUACUCUUUAUUCUGGAAGUAAUGAAUACCAGGAAGUUGACAAAGAGUCACCACGAAAAUAUUACAUGGCACCAUGGUCAUUGUCUGAAAUGAAUGAAUGCCGACAAAAGAUCUUCCCAAGUGUGAUGUUUAACACAAUGAACAGUUUAUUUUCUAAGUUAGGUGGCAUACCAAGGUAUGUCUUGCAGAGUGCUGUGACAGCAUUGAAUCAAAAUGAAGACAUUGAAAUGGUUGCAUUGGAACAUCUUCAAGAGGCCCUCAAUUCAAUUGAGGAUCCAGCCCAGCUACUGCAAUGCAUUGGGCAAAAUAGGACAUAUUUGAAGCUCAGUAACAAUCUACUUCAUCAAUGGCCUAUUCCUGAUGCACAUCGCCAAUAUCGUCUUGGAUGGGCCUCAAAGUAUGUUCUUGACCAAAUCCAUGAAUUACUGGUGGAGCAUACUUGGACUGACAGUUUGGCAGACCUUGUCCGAAAGAAUAAUGCUGCCAGAACUAAAGGCCUCUUAUUUGAACUAUAUGUGCACCACAUCUUCCAGAAAGGUAGCUGUACCUUUGUGAUCAGGAAAUUGGGACAAGAAACAAUAGAUUUUCUUCAAAUCCCACUGGGUCCAAAAGUCAAGAAUAUCUGGCAUGAGAAAGAGCUUUCUAUGAAUCUGCCUGCUGAUGCUUUGGAUGCUCUGAUUGAAAAUGAUCCACCAGAUGAGGAAGAAAAAGACAAAGGUGAAAGUGAAGAAGAUGAUGAAAAAGAUAUGGGAGGCUCCACUGAAGCAUCAGCUUUAUAUGACAAUCUGGAUAAUCCACAUGAUGAUGGUCUGUUGAUCAUACCAAACAUUCCCAAUUUUCCUGCUGCUGAUUUUUUCAUCAUGCCCACAGACAUGUUCCAAGUCACUGUAUCUAAAGAUCACCCCAUCAAACAAGCAGCCCUGGCCAAAAUCAUUGAGCAAAUGCCAGCAUACAAGAAUCCAAAUGCAAUAUUUCGACUUUUCUUUGUGGUGCCAAAUGAUAUCUUUAAUGAUUACAGGUUUCAAAACUAUGUAACAAGUGACAAAAGGGUGUCAAAGAAAAUACCUAGGGUUAUACACCGUGUAGAGCAAUGGGUUUUAAAGAUUGAUCUUAAUGCUGCAAUUCAGAGUAAUUCACCUGGUGAGGACAAUAGAGGGAGCUGUUGA